UUCAGAAUUAUAUUAAAGAAAAUUUGUAGGGAAAGUCUUGCUAAGUUUGCUUAAAACUACUUAAAAAUGCAGUUAGAUAGUUGGGGUGCCCCUAUUUCCAUAAAAUCAUCACAAGAUCCAGAAGAAGAAGAACUGGGCAUUGGUACUAGUGAAGCUUUUCUUGAAGGAGCUGACAAACACAGAGUUAAAAAUGUGGGCCCCAAGAAGCAUAAGCAAUCAGCUUUUCAGGCCUUGGGUUUCUCACAAGCUGUAUGUGAUGGCAUCAGAAAAACUGGUUACCGUUGUCCCACUCCUAUUCAACGAGCUGCCAUUCCAGCCAUACUGGGUGGUCAAGAUGUCUUUGCCAUGGCACGAACUGGGUCGGGAAAAACAGCGUGCUUCUUGCUGCCCAUGUUCGAGGCUCUGAAGGCUCAUUCGGCUCGUUCAGGUGCUCGAGCUCUCAUCCUGGUGCCUACGAGGGAGCUUGCUGUUCAAACCCUGAAAUUUGCCGUAAAUCUUGGUAAAUUCACGGGCUUGCACUGCGUGCUGGUGGUGGGUGGAGAGAGCAUGGACCAGCAGUUUAAUGCCUUGCACCAGCAGCCUGACAUAAUCAUCGCUACUCCUGGACGUCUGAUGCAUGUGUGUGUGGAGAUGGAGCUACGCUUGGAUAACGUGCAGUACGUCGUGUUUGACGAGGCUGACCGUCUUUUCGAGAUGGGCUUCAGAGAGCAGCUUGAAGAAAUCUUAGCACGCCUCGCGGUCAACCGCCAGACUCUUCUGUUCUCUGCCACGCUCCCCAAAAUGCUGGCCGAAUUCGCUAAGGCUGGUCUCAACAAUCCGGCCAUGAUCAGACUGGACAAAGAUGACAAACUAUCCGAAGCUCUGCAAGUCGCGUAUUUCAGCGUCCAGAACAACUCUAAGCUGCACUUGUUGCUCUUUAUCCUGCAACAUGUCAUCAAAUUCAACGAGCAAGUCAUCAUAUUUGCAGCCACACAGUUUCAAGUGCAGUUUUUGGAGCAAGCUUUGGAGAAGUGCAAUUUUCCCAGUGCAUAUCUCUUCUCAGACAUGGACCCCACAUCUCGUAAAAUUAAUGCUGCUAAAUUCCAAACAAAAACGGUUAAUAUAUUGAUAGCCACAGAUAUUGCUGGUCGCGGUAUUGAUAUUCCAAGCCUUGAUUAUGUUAUCAAUUACGAUUUUCCCCCAAAUGCUAAAACUUUUAUCCAUCGCGUUGGUAGGGCUGCAAGAGCCGGCAAAAGCGGCGUGGCUUUGAGUUUUGUAGCCGUUGAAGAGGAGCCUUUUUUGUGGGACUUGAGCAGGUUUUUGGGACGUUCGGUUCUCUUCAGUCCAAAAAUUGAAACUGGCGCAAAAAAUCCAGUACCUUUAGACAUGAAUCCUCAAAAUUUGGUCCAAAAUACUAGCUGUGCACCCGAAAAAAAUGAUGAGAAAACCAAACCUUCAGUCGAAUGGAAUUUCCAUUUUGGCAAGGUCCCGCAAGAAAUAAUCAGUGAAGAAUGUGAUAUGGUGGCCAAGUUGGAGGAAGAUACUGAGUUGAUGUACCUCAAGCGGAAGAGUGACAACGCCUACCAAAUGUACAGGAGGAACUGUCCUAAACCUACUCGUGAAGCGCUUAAAGAGAUGAAGCUUUCCAGGCAAAUUAUUUCUAUGGGUGACCAUCCUUUACUUGUUAAGAGUUUCCAGAAAAAUUUCUACUUUACUACUUGCAACUUGGAUGAAAAUCUACUGCAGCAACGUAAAAAGUUGAUGGAAGAGCUCAAGAACGUCAAGCCUAAAAAAACCAUUUUCGAAAUUGGAGUCACGGGCAUGCGUGACAGGGCCAAAGUAAUGAAGAAGAAACGUGAGCGUGACGACGAGUACAUCGAGAAAUACCAGGCCAAGCUUGAUGAAAAGCGCGCAAAAUACGAUGCGAUGCAAGAGUUCAAGAACAAGCCCGUUGACUUGCCGAUGGUCGCUGACGAUGACAUCCAGUACGAGUUCCCCCAAACUCUGAACACUCAAGAUGCCAUGCAGAUCGUCGUUGAAAAGUUCGAUGCAGAACGAAGGGAAAAAGAAGAACGGGACGAGCUUCGCGGUAAGAAGAUUAGCAAAAGGCAGAGGAGGAAAGAGAAAGCCGCGGCUGGCAACAGCAUCGGCAAGAAGCAGGAAGCAGCUGGCACUGGAAAUUUCUUCAUUCCCUACGCGCCUUCUGAUGCUCAUGAAGAUAAAGGGUACCGAGUGAAUGAAUCUACAAGUUUUGCGUCGGAGAGCCUGAAUGCUGAGAUGGACACCAUGGAGGACAAUUACCUGGGCAUGGCCAGGCUGAAGACCGUCAAGCGGUGGGACGUCAAGAAGAAUAAAUUUGUUGGACCCAAGGCCACAGAAAAAAAGAUCCGCACCGAGUGUGGAACAACGAUCAGAAGCUCGUACAAGACCGACCGCUACAGCAUGUGGUUGAAACGCAACCGUUUGGAUGAAGAUCAACUGCAGGCAGCAGGAGGUGCAGACUUCGAUUUGGACAAGAAACCUGACGGCAAACGAGAACUUUUCAAGGUCAUCUCAACGAAGUCGGAGAGCAAGAUCCACCCGCUGCUUCAAGCUCAACAUAAGAAGGGGCUAGAGACAGGCAUGCCUAUCAAGGAGGAGGUCCGCAACGAACAACAGAUCGCCAAGGAACGUAAACUGCAGAAGCGCUACCAGAGUGACCGGGACCGCGGUAAAGCUAUGAAGAAAAUUCGUGGUAAGCUUCUGGGCAACCAAGCGCGCAAGAGGAAGGUGCCCAAGAAGAAACACGUCUGAGAUACUGAGUCGACCUGGGCUAAUCAGAUAUCAUUCACAACAUGCGUGCACGUGCUGGAAAUAAAAUUUACCCAGAA